AUGACAAUCGACAUAAUAUGAAGAAAUAAUAUUUAUUAUUUGCCCACGGCCAGACAGUCACAGAAGAGUGAAGACUAAAGACUUUAUUUAUUAUUAUGUUAAGGGGUCCAAGCUGAUAAUAAACAUCUAUAUUCUAUAGAAAGUUUAAAUAAUUCAAUGGCAGACGAUAUUGUAUUUGAACUACUACAUUCGGAAAUUAUAAAUUAUGCUUUAGAACAAGUUAAGGAUGUUACUAAGACUAAGGACACAGAUUUAUCUGUUGUGGAAUAUAUCGGCUUUGCUGCUGGAUAUAAAAUUAUGGAAAGACUAACCAGAGAAUGGCCAAGAUUUAAAGAUGAAUUAGACACAAUGAAGUUCAUCUGUACCGACUUCUGGACAUGUAUUUAUAAGAAGCAGAUAGAUAAUUUACGUACCAAUCACCAGGGAGUAUAUGUAUUACAAGAUAAUGCAUUUCGUUUCCUUACAAACUUCUCUAAUGGACAGCAGUACUUAGAAUUUGCACCGAGGUAUGUUGCUUACACCUGUGGAUUAAUAAGAGGUGGGUUAGCCAAUCUUUGCAUCAAUAGUGUUGUAACAGCUGAAGUUCAAGCAAUGCCUUCAUGUAAAUUUCAUAUUCAUGUCCAGAGAACUUAAGUACAUAGAAGAAGAAAUUUUGAAAGACCUUUAUUCCAUUAAAGGUUGUCCUGCUUAUUCAUAAAAAUAGAAUCAGUCAAAUUGCACCAAUUCAACUAAGCACCCAUUUGCCCACUUUCACCACAGUGUAAUAACAAUUUCACAUAAAUAAACAAGACUUUAGUAAAACAAAGCAAUUAAACUAAAUUAUUUUUUAUGAAUAAGGGGUUUCGUUAACUUGUUUUUUUUGUUAACUCUAAAACUGUAUUGUGCUUCAUUAUUUAUAAUCAAAUAAAUGUAUUGCCAAAAUAUUAAGUGUUUUUUUUUACUUAUCCACAAAUGAAAUACAAUUAUUUAAACCUAAACCUAACAUAGGCCGGGAGAUAGUAACACAAAAUAGUGGGUCAUUUGUACCAGUAUGGCGGUUCUUCAGGGGUCUUAUUAC